GGCCUCCCGGAUGCUGGGGUCUGGCUGGCGAGGAGCACGAGGAGUCGGGUGUGGGCCGGGCAGGGAGUGGAGUCGGGGUCUUACUCCGGUGGCUGCAGGGCGCAGGGUAGCCGCGUCAGGCCUGCCCGGGUCCAGAGCGCUCCUCCCCGACCCCAACAGCCUCUGGUCGGGUCUGGCGCGCCCUCGCUUUCCCAGAGGGCGAUUUGGGCUAUGGCGGCCGCGGCUCUGGCGAGUGGGACACGCCUCGGCCUUGUCCUCGAGCUGCUGCCGGGACAGCCCGCGCUGCCCCGGGCGCGCCGGGAGUCAGUGACCUUCGAGGAUGUGGCCGUCUACUUCUCUGAGAACGAAUGGAUCGGCCUGGGCCCUGCUCAGAGAGCCUUGUACAGGGAUGUGAUGCUGGAGAAUUAUGGGGCUGUGGCUUCCCUGGCAUUUCCAUUUCCCAAACCGGCUCUGAUUUCCCAGCUGGAACGAGGGGAAACACCCUGGUGCUCGGUUCCUCAGGGAGCUCUGGAUGGAGAGGCCCCGAGGGGCAUCUCCUCAGAGGGUAUGUUGAAGAGGAAGAAAGAAGAUUUUAUUCUGAAGGAGGAAAUUAUUGAGGAAGCACAGGACCUCAUGGUCCUAUCAAGUGGACCCCAGUGGUGUGGAUCCCAGGAAUUAUGGUUUGGGAAAACCUGUGAAGAGAAAAGCAGGUUAGGGAGGUGGCCUGGUUGCCUCAAUGGGGGAAGUAUGGAAAGUUCUACAAAUGAUAUUAUAGAAGUGAUUGUCAAGGAUGAGAUGAUCUCAGUAGAAGAGAGUUCAGAGACUACUGAUGUCAAUAACCUCCUUGGUAUACAUCACAAAAUUCUGAAUGAGCAAAUAUUCUAUAUAUGUGAGGAAUGCGGCAAGUGUUUUGAUCAAAAUGAGGACUAUGAUCAACACCAGAAAACUCAUAAUGGAGAGAAGGUCUAUGGAUGUAAGGAAUGUGGGAAGGCUUUCAGUUUUCGAUCACAUUGCAUUGCGCAUCAGAGAAUUCACAGUGGGGUGAAACCCUAUGAAUGUCAAGAAUGUGCUAAGGCCUUUGUUUGGAAGUCAAACCUGAUUCGUCACCAGAGAAUACAUACUGGAGAGAAACCCUUUGAAUGUAAGGAAUGUGGGAAGGGCUUUAGUCAGAACACAAGCCUUACACAACAUCAACGGAUCCAUACUGGUGAGAAACCAUACACAUGCAAGGAAUGUGGGAAAAGCUUUACUCGAAACCCAGCCCUUCUUCGACAUCAGAGAAUGCACACUGGGGAGAAGCCUUAUGAAUGUAAGGACUGUGGGAAAGGCUUCAUGUGGAACUCAGAUCUUUCUCAGCACCAGAGGGUCCACACUGGGGACAAGCCUCAUGAAUGUACUGACUGUGGGAAAAGCUUCUUUUGCAAGGCACACCUUAUUCGACAUCAAAGAAUCCAUACUGGGGAAAGACCCUAUAAAUGUAAUGACUGUGGGAAGGCCUUCAGUCAGAAUUCUGUCUUAAUUAAGCACCAGAGGUGCCAUGUUAGAGACAAACCCUAUAACUGUCAGAUCUCUCACCUUCUUGAACAUUAGAGAGUGCAUAAUGGUGAUACUUGUUUAUAAUUCUUAUGCUGCAGGAACCCUAGAGACAAAAUGAGAUGACCAUUCACAAUUUGCUGUAACCCUUAACUUUAAUAGCCAGUAUUAUCUUGCCCUGUGAACAUUUACCAUGUACUCUAGCAAGACUGGUCCCCCUGUUCUAUGAUGUUUUAACAAGGCAUCAUUUAGUUGGGCAGCUACUCUGUAUCAGGUGCUAACCACUUUACACACAUUAAUUUGCGUAACAAUCCUAUUAAGAUAGGUGCUCUUCUCCCCAUUUUACAAAUGAGAAAUCUGAAUUGAAAGAGGUUAUAAAACUCAUUCAGGGUUACUCAGUUAGUAAGUUAUAGAGUUGAAAUUGGAGCCAGGCCUAUCUGACUGCAGAGUUUACUGUUCUUAAUUGUACAUAUUUAUGUCUCUGCCCAUUUUUAUUUGCUUAUUUUCCUGUGCUUUUAGUUUCCCUUCAUCACUCAGAUCCAGCUUCUUCAACUAAGCAGAUCUCUCUUCCUCUUCUACUUGUAAUCAGUACCACCCAAGUUAGUAUUUAAUUAUGUGCCAUCUUAUAUUUUUCUAAUAGUCCCAUGUCUCUUAGUCUUAACCCCAGCUAAAUGACUCUAAGACCCAACAGUACAUUUCUUUUAUGUUUUUCAAAUCCUGAAACAUUAAUCUUUGACUAGAUAUAACAUGCUCAUGCUAAAAAAGAAUUGAAAUAGUUGAAAAGGGUGUUCAGUGAAAAGUAAAUUUCCUUGUCAUUCCUAUCUCUUGAGUUCUCCCCAGAGGCAAUCACUGCUACUGGUUGUGUAUCUCUGUAGAUACUGUUUGUAUACAAGUGUUUAUUAGUACUGCUUUUCAUAACUCUGUCUCACUGAAAACCUUAUUUGAUGGAAGCAACAUUGCAGUUACAUUGUGAACUCUAAGACCUUUUCUUCAGAAGUUGCUUUCCUUUUGAGGCCACCAAAGUAAUUUAGGGAAACAGCAGAGGGUAAUCCAGGUCUUUUUUUUUUUUUUUAGACGGAGUCUUGCUCUGUUGCCCUGGCUGGAGUGCAGUGCUGUGAUCUCAGCUCACUGCAGGCUCCACCUCCCGGGUUCAUGCCAUUCUUCUGCCUCAGCCUCCCGAGUAGCUGGGACUACAGGUGCCCGCCACCACGUCUGGCUAAAAUUUUGUAUUUUUCAUAGAGACAGGGUUUCACCAUGUUAGCCAGGCUGGUCUCGGUCUCCUGACCUCGUGAUCCACCUGCCUCGGUCUCCCAAAGUGCUGGGAUUACAGGCCUGAGCUACCACGCCUGGCCAAUCCAGGUCUUAAGAGACCUCAUUGCCUUUGUUUUAUGAGACAUCAUUCUGGGAUUGGGAAUAUGUAAACUCAAUUGGAGAUUUUUUUCCAUAAAAAUUUAUAUAGUUCCAGCCCCUCUCAUUGCUUCCUAUCCUAAAUCCUCUCCCAGUCUGUCCAUCCCUCACUACCAUGAUAGCCUACAUUCUGAUAAGCUGUGAGGCCACUGCCAACGGAGGGAGAAAUGGUCACUUUCUGGUGGUGGUUAAUGCUUUGUUAGAUAGCUUCAUCCAGUCAAUAGUUGAAAAGUUUUCACAUAAUCCGGUAUCGGCAUCAGAGUCAGAAAUGCCCUCCCUGGUUCUAGGACCAAAGAUAAACACGAGGAACAUGUAGAGUCUACACAGGAAAGUGAAAGUAAAGAAUUAUAGAAUUAACUAAUUCUACUUGAAAUUAGGAGUUUAUAAAACAACAUUUUUAGAUGUGGUCAUCUUUUAUUGGUUUCCAUCAUCUCUUCCCCUUCUCUCUGGGAACAGUUACCCAGGUAUUCUUUGGGAAGGUAUCCUUUCUCAGGAAUGUGGUUUGGCACCACCACCAUCUUUAUGAGUGGACCCUGGUUGGCUUGUGUCAAUCAGCUUAUCCCAUCCCCUUGGCCACAGAGCCACUGUGAUAUGAGGAGAUACUGGCUCUUCUGGAAAAGAGAGGCUUUUCUUCAUUGAGAGCUGCCAGAGGAGAUAUUAUCUGUCCUCUGUGUGGCACAUAGGAAAAUGUGAGGCCUAGAAUUAUAGCAACUUUUUUUUUUUGUUGUUAAAAGGGGAGAUUCCCAAGCUUCCAGGUGCUACCAUAUGGAGCCUAAGGAUAAAGCCAAUACCAAAGAAAACAGUGACUAAACAGAGAGAAACUAGGUUCUUGGUGACAUCUUUUGAGCCACUAGACCAAGCCUUACCUGAAGCAGACCUACCUCAGAACUUUUCAGCUAUGUGAGCCAAUAAACAUCUUCUGUUCAAACGAAUUAGAGUUGAGUUUUCUGUUAUUUGCAACUUAGCCACACUAAUACUGUCUUGUGUUUGAAAUCACUGUUUUCUCCUACAGCUCCUCAGUGUCACCUUUUCCUCUUGCUUAGUAGUCUCAUAAGCUCCUUAGUUAUCUCAGUUGCUUGGAAGUUGAGCAUCUAAAUAGGUGGCUCUUGCUGGGUGCGGUGGCUUACGCCUGUAAUCCCAUCACUUUGGGAGGCCAAGGCGGGCAGAUCACCUGAGGUUGGAAGUUCAAGACCAGCCUGACCAACAUGGAGAAACCUCGUCUCUACUAAAAAUACAAAAUUAGCCAGGUGUGGUGGCGCAUGCCUGUAAUCCCAGCUACUCAGGAGGCUGAGGCAGGAGAAUCGCUUGAAUCUGGGAGGUGGAGGUUGCAGUGAGCCGAGAUCAUGCCAUUGCACUCCAGCCUGGGCAACAAGAGUGAAACUCUAUCUCAAAAAAAUAAAAAUAAAAAUAAAAAUAAUAAAUAGGUGGCUCUCAUGACCUAAGGUUAAUUUCAUGCAUAAUACUGAUGCUUUAAGUCAUACCAUUAGUGCAGGAAUUUUUGCUCCUUAGUUCAGCUAAAAUCUGGGUUCUUGUCUCAUGACCAGGAAAAAUUAGUCACAGGGACACAUUGAAAAGUGAGGAGGGCAGAAUUUAUUAAGUGAAAAGGAAAACUCUCGACAAAAAGAGGGGUCCUGCAUGCAGGUUUUCCAUCUCACUAAAUUGAAUACCAGGCCACCACACAUAAGUUGAAGAGCCCAGUCUUCUCCCCCUGCAUGAAUUCCUGGUGGCUCCACCCCAUUCUCCCAGUGUGCAGGCAGGCCCUUAGUCUGAGCCACUCCACAUUGAUUUAUUUCCCUUACUGUGUGUGUGUUAAGGGAUGGAAUUUUUCAUCAUGGGCAUGUUUAGGCAAUCCCCCUGUGCACAAUGACCUGGGCAGCAUUUGGCUGUCUACUGACUCUAUCAUUCCCCCCCUCUAAAGAAGUACAUCUAACUUAGAAUAAGGAUAAAGAUAAGGGUAGUGAUCGAUCUUAACUGCUUCCUGCUGAUGGGGGCACUGUUUUGGGAAAAUAGUGAGCUCUCCCUCAGAGGCCUAUCUAAGGGUCCCUGGUAAAAGGUGGCCAUCGUUUGAGGUUCCAAUUUCAUGAACGUUCAGAGUUCAAUGGCCUGAAAGUGAGAAGAGACAAACCAGGUUAUUAGAAGACAUAAUCAAAAUGAAACAAAGGGGGGAUGGUAAGGACAGCUAAAAAAAAUCCUAAGGCUGCUGACACACCCAGUUAACUGGUAGCUAUAGUUAUGCCUGCUAAGAUUUGGGUGUAUGGGACUUGGCUUUGGUUAGCUCCCUUGGUCUUAUUUUCCAAAAAAAGAAACCUCCGGGUUAUGGGCACCUUAUUUAUUCCAAUCAUCUGGCAGGAUUUUCAGGGUAAUUGCCCAGAACUAGAAUAUUGAUCCAGAUUUUUACAUUACCCAUCCCUUUUGCUUCUUCUGAGCUGCAGCCAGAGAUUGCUGGUUGGUUCACAGGAAUAAGCAGUGUUAGUUUAAAAUGUGGGCAAAAAACUUAAAAACAACAAAUGAGUCUAGAAUCUGAUGACAAAUGUAUAAGUCUUGAAACAUAAUUUCUCUCCAGUUCUCAUUUUUAUUAAAAAUAAAUCAUGAUAGGACUGAGUUGUUUGCAAAAUAAACUUUAGUCUUGU